GUGUGUAGAUACCGCCGAGUUAACUAGACUCUCCAUAUCAUCCAGUAUCGCCGUGAACUUGGCAGCGGCUCGACGUGUAUUGUUCUUGUCCCAGUAAUUUGUGUCUGGGGUACUGGAAUACCGGAGGAACCCUCGAGCGUACGCAAAUAAUCAUAAACUGAGAUUAUUUAAUGUCAAGAGACCCUACCUAGGUACUACCGAAAGGCACGUGCUCAGUGUGGUUUCAUAGUUGGACGGUAUAGUGAACCAGAAUAAAAUAAAAACAAUGAUGAAUCUGAGACGAGCCCUCUCGAACCCUAAAAUCCUGGCCAUUACGGUCAUCGCUCUCGUCGCAAUAGUUGCCGUCGCCAUCGCUGUGCCCCUAGCCGUCAAUUCAGGUGACGAAAAUGACCAAAAAGCUGAGAAACAGAACGCCUUCUUCGGGCGUACCGUCCUCGAUGAGGUUCCACUUAUCGAUGGGCACAAUGAUUUACCGUACAAUCUGUACAGUUUCGAACGCAACCGAAUCAACGAUUUCAACCUGGAUCGUGACCUGAAGCUCGAUCCCACGUGGGGCAAGUCCAAGAGCAGCCACACGGAUAUCCCGCGCUUGCUGGAGGGCAAAGUGGGGGCACAGUUUUGGGUGGCGUACGUGUCCUGCUCCACGCAGUACAAGGAUGCCGUGGAGCGUACCCUUGAGCAGAUCGAUGUCAUCAAACGCAUGGUCGCUCAGUACCCGAAGUAUAUGAAGUAUGUGACGUCUGCCGAUGGAAUUAUGCAGGCAUUCAAGGAGAAGAAGAUUGGCUCGCUCAUUGCAGUAGAGGGUGGCCACUCGAUGGAUUCCCGUUUGGCGAUGCUGAGGAUGUUCUAUGAACUGGGGGUCCGUUACAUGACACUGACGCACACGUGUAACACUCCUUGGGCGGAUGCUUCCCCGGUCGAUGGCAACAGUUCGGCUGUGUUGAAGAACGUAACCGAGUGGGGCAAGAAUGUGAUAUGGGAAAUGAAUCGUCUGGGAAUGUUGAUCGACAUUUCGCACGUGAGCCAUGGAGUGAUGGUGGAUGUGCUGACCGAAACGAAGGCGCCUGUUAUUUUCAGCCACUCGUCAUCGCAUAACGUGUUCCCGCAUCAUCGCAACGUUCAGGACGAUGUGCUGAAGAUGCUGAUCGAGAACAAUGGAAUCAUUAUGGUGAACUUUUACACCUCGUUUAUCGGCGGGAACACCAUUGAUUACGUUUUACAUCACCUGAACUACAUCAAAUCCGUAACGGGCCCGGACCACAUUGGCCUGGGUGGCGAUUACGACGGCGUCGAUAGCACCCCGGAAGGCCUCGAGGACGUCUCCAAGUAUCCGGAUUUGUUCGAUAUGCUAGCGAACGGGGCCUACAGCAAUGGAACCACUUUCGAAGCGUGGACUCGCGAAGAUCUGCAGAAGUUGGCUGGACUCAAUUUGUUGCGCGUGUUCCGCGAGGUUGAAAAGGUUCGCGAUACAAUGGCAAAGAUCAGCCCGUAUGAAGACCUGAUUCCGUACCAGGAGUUUGUUGAUGCAGGAGUGGCCGACCAACCCUGUAUGAGCGACAUCGACAUCCACAAGAGUUAGUUUGGGCAGUCAUCACGGAUUGUUUUUAUAAUUUGAUUUGUUUUUGAUUUGUUAUCAGGCUGUUUGUAGUAGUUGUUACACACUUUUAUUAUACAUAGUAUAAUAGGGGGAAUAAAGGUCAGAUGUCCACAGCUAAUGAUCUAGAA